UGGUUUGUUUUAUUAGUCAGUCGAUAUCACGCUGCGUCCAACACUAAAUGUUGCGUAGACUGAAAUGUCGAAAGAAAGUAAGCGAAACGCGCGGACGCCAGUGUACAAUCCAUCGUCGGCGGUACCUGUCCUACAGCCACACAAUAAACCGAUAUUUCGUAACCACGCAGCGGGAAAUAAACAUGGGUUUCCUUCCCAUGAAUUAAAAUCGAUUUUAGUCGAUCGGAAUUUAUAUCGAUUAUGGAUUUGUUGAGUGCAGCCAGCAAUGGGGUGGCAGCGGCCCGGCACAUAAGCUCUCCCCUACCAGACGUAAACAAUGCCGACGCGAUUAAUACGACUCUGUUGUGCCAUAGCUACAGCCUCCAACCAGAUUUCGCCUCCUAUUUUUCAGUUCUAAAAGGCAACGCAUGGGCGAUAUGGUCGUGCGGUCUGCUGGUCCUUCUGGUGCUAUGUGUCCUGUACAUUGUGACACUGAGGUCUGCGCUGCGCUACUGGAAGGAGUCAUGCAGCAGUGUCGCCGUAGUGCUUGCUGUUUAUCCUGUGGUAGCAGCAGCGGCUCUAGUCGCAACAGUUCUGCCGCGGGCUCGGAUCCUGUCUGAGGCGGUAGCACAAGAAGCUGUCAUGAUUGCCAUGUACCAUUUCUAUUUCCUAAUCAUCGCUGAAUGCGGUGGCACUAAUCAACUUAUCAGAAGAUCCGAAGGAUUUCACAUGGAGACGCGAGUUUUGCCAUGUUGCUGCUGGCCAUGUUGCAUUCUGCCGAGACCUCGGGUUCAGAAUAAAAGUUUAGCUUGGUUGCGAUAUCUGGUGCUGCAGAUGCCUGUUAUCCAAGGGUUCCUGUAUCUCAUAGUUCUCGUGUUGUGGGCUGAAGAUAUGAUGCUGUAUUUGACCAGUUUCAUAUACAUCCAGCCAUUCAUUAUUACGUCGAUCCUAUCAGGGAUUUGGGGGGUCAUCAUGUGUGUGCGCGUAGCUGAAGCCACAGGUGCCAAGCCUAGACCUAGGUUUUUCGCACUGCAGUUGGUGCUAGUGAUUGUCAAACUGCAGUGUGGAUUUGCGAAGGUGCUGCCAGAUCUGGCCACCUUGCCUUGCAUUAUGGAGCUGCAUCCUUCAGUAUUUGUUAAUUUGAUACAUAACAUCGUCAUGAUUUUUGAGAUGCUCUUAUUAUCAAUUUUGGCGUGGAGGUUGUACAGAGUGGCUCCAGGAAAGGACGCGGAGAAGGUCCAGCAUGUAGUGGUCGCGGUGCUCGAAGACAGCCUCAACUCUUUAGAGAAAGUCAACGAUAUCGGGAAUCACAACAUGAUUUAUGGCAGUAAAAAUGAUAUGAAACGGGAUGAAUACUAGUGAUUCCACAUGAAUCGAAGAUGAAAUCUUUGAUUUGUUUGUAUAAGUCAAGAAGUCUAGUGCCUAAGUCACAGCGCCCACCUGCAGAGUGAAGUGAAGUCAAGUCGAUGCCCAUCGUCUUUUUUCGUAACAACUCAAACUAAGCUUUUUAAUAUAAUUAUACCAAUAUUCCAAUCGUCUUUAAAAGUAAUAGGUACUUAAGUAAAGUCGAAUUUAAGUUAGGUAUCAAAAAGACGGUGCGUAUCCAAUUGGCUCCACUUCUCUCCUUAGGUAUUCGGUAGACCUAAUUUUACGUUUGAACAAAAUUAAAAAGAAGAGGCUCUUUUUGUAAAUAGAACACUAGAUAAUAUAAUAUGAAUAAGUUGUGAUCUGCAUUGAUGUCUUUGAUCGGAUAGAAGUACAGCGAUGAAGUAGGUA